UAGUCGUCCUUAACUUCCUUAACUUUUCCCAUUCAUUCUCUAUGGUAGUUCUUAUCACUACGGAUGUAAUAUUUUUCUGGCCACAAGCGGGAUUUUGGUGGCGCUGUUUCCCCCCUCGGCAGAAGUAAGGGGAUGAUUUAUUUUCUGAGUGACAGACAGCAUCGAACGUUCUCGGGCGUUGAACGUUCUGGAAGAGUUGACAAUUAUUUUCAUCCGUGGACAAGUUAACUUUUCGCCAGGAGACACCAAGUUAACAACAACAAGUUAGCUUUUCAAUUUGAAAAGAAAUCAUGAAUCCCGUCAGCUUCUUCCCCGGAAAGAUGACGGUGACAUUUAGGAGGGGACCAUCGGGUCAUCUGCGGCAGGACCCAUCCUCUGAGGCCAUGAGGAUAAAACAUAAUCCUGGGCUUCAGGUCAAUAGUCCCGCUGAGAAACCUGAGCUAGUGAAGACCAGCGCUCGCACUGUGGUCAUCCAGCGAGGAGGGGAUGUGUCGGACCGACAGGAGGUGAUGGGAGAGUACCUGCUGCAGUUUGGCAAGUACCAGGGAAAAUCGUUCAAGUGGCUCCUCGAGAACGAUGUUGGCUACACCAUCUACCUGAUGAAAAAGGUAGACGAUGAGGAGAGAGCCGGGACCUUCAACCCACAGGGACACAGUAAGGACAGCCUGCUGUCUUUUCUGGACUAUGCCAGGAGCUUCCAGGAAAUACAGGACCUGAGGAACUACCUGAUCUCCAGGAACCCUGCUGAACCUGUGGCGUCAGAGGGGGACAAUAUUGUCGGCUUUGGUCGCAGGGCCAAAACCACCUGGAGGCAGAUCUGGGAGAGCAGGGCGGAUGGUUAUGCUGCCUACAUCUCACGCCAAAAGUGCAUCAAAAACAGCAAGAUGUACAACCUGCAGCAGUACAUCCUCAAGCAGGAAAGGGCUGAAUCCUGUCCAACACCUGCAGAAGGCUCCACUACAUCUACUGCCUCCAUCCCAACAUCAGGCACUCUAGAAGGCUCCACCACAUCUACUGCCUCCACCACAUCUACUGCCUCCACCCCAACAGCAGGCACUCUAGUGAUGGAGGAGGACGAGGAACUGGAGAGACAGAUGUUGAACCUGUCUCCAUCUUUAUUUGACACCGGAGUAAGCAGGUGGAUCAUCAAGGGUGAAACCGUAACUCUUCCGGUACUUGAUCAAAUGUCCCCGGUGCUUUCAGGCCCACCAGCAGCAGUCCAGGGAAGAGCAGCUGUGGAUCCAACGAAAGGAAUUAACAUGCCGUCGAAGAUGGUAAGUGUUUUGUGUUAUAUGCAUGCUUCAUUUAAGCUGUCGUUCAAGGAUUUGGCGUGUGAAAUACCACAGAGGCUUAGAUACAGGUUCACAUGCCACAUCUUUGAUUGACCAGUGAUAUUCUUACUAUAUACUUAUAUUGCUUCUGUGCUUUACCUGUUCUCAGAUGCUUAAACGAUUUGUGUUAUUACAUUUCAAAUACACAACAAUUCAAAAUUGAAUGAAAAAUGUUUAGUCUGUGCUACCAGUUAGCUGCAAAGACAACAGGUAAAGUCAGAUUGCAAAGCAUAAGAAACUUAAAUGUGUGAGGAAAAUGACACUGAUUGU